AUGACCCUGUCAAGCGAUGCGAAUUUUCAUGCAUCACCCUCAAUUACACGCCACGCGGCCAUGAAUGCUGGAAAUGUGCCGUUGGGAAACAAAACGACUGAGAGUGGUGGUUUGGGUGGGGUUGAGGGCAGUUGUAGCAGCUGUGACACGAGGGAAUUCUCACUGGACAUGAUGAACCGCUACGAGCACAUGAUAGCGCUCUUGACGGCUCAAGCCUUAUCGCAGCAGGAGGAGAUCAAUCAGCUGAAGACAGCCCUCAACGAGGUGGCUAGUCUUCCUGAUGUCAAUGUGGAUGAAAAGCGGUCUUCUGAAAGACCGUCAACACAUAGAAAUGUAUUGAAAAGGCGUGAAUGUAAAAAAGCUGCUGUUGAGAGCACCUCAUUAAAUGACUUGAAAAGAAGUAAAGAACGACAAAAAUUACCAAAGCGAUGGCGGCACCGUGUGGAAGAUCAUACAAUAUUGUUGCUGGAGAAGUACAUGCGGUAUAUGGAUGAGUGCCUAGCGAGGGGGCUUGUGGAGCGGCUUCGACGUGUCACACGCGAGCAUGUGAUACGUUCUCUGGACAAAGAGGUUUUUCGUGUCUUACAAGAGCCUCUGCGUCUUCCGCAAGACGGACAAAUGCCCCUGCGUCAAGCAUCCGAUCAUGACCACCAAAACCACCAGCGUCGCAUGUGUUUCUCUCCAGCGAGAUGUGAAGAAAAAGAGAGUGGGGCAAAAAUGGACCACGUCAUUCCCCCACCACGCACACCGUCGCAUGAAAAAAGCACCUCACAUGAAGUUCCCGUCACUGCGAGAAAGGACGCUAGACGGCCGAGUUCCUUCGAGAAUCCUCCCGUGAGGCUGUGCGAAGUGGGCUGCGGUAGCAAGGCCGAAACUGAGCAGUAUUUGUCUACCAUUUCUACUGAACCAUCCGUGUCGGGGUCAAGUUCAUGGUUUCGUCUUCAUCUGGAUCAAUCUUUGUUGGGGCAACUGCAGCAUAAAGUAAUGUUGCUGGAGGAUCGUCUUGCUGCAGCCGCUUUCUCGGCGUCCUGUCGAAGCGAGUCGUCGUCGUUGUCGUCGUUGUCGCCGCCGUCUGUGGAGAAGACACUUGGCCGCGAUGGCCGCUCCGGCUGGGGUUCUUCUUUGUGGUCUCCGACCAACUCCAGCGGUGCGACCAACGUAAGUGAUGAAAUAAAGGUGCUUCUGGAUAUCUUUGAAGGGCGCCAGCCUGUCAACGUCGUUGAGAAGCUGUUUUUGUGA